GGUCUGUGGGCAGGACACGUUCAAGACUGGAGAUGCCGGGUUUGUGUGGGCGUGGCCUGUCUAGGCUGUGUGGGUGGGUGUAUCACAGACUGAGCGUGCUGUGCUUGGCUGGACUAUGUGGGCGUGACUUGCCCUCCAGUCAGUCGGAGUCCGUCAGUUCGGGCUGGGUUAGCUUCUUGCAUCGGAUAUUUUUUUAGCCUUCUUACGGUGCUUUGUGUCCUGAACACCGCGGGCCUUCUUUUUGUGCUCAUCACCACUGCUCGCUCACUAAUUCGCUUCGUUCUAGCGCGAGAGCUUCACCAGGGGCCCUCCCCGGGGCUACCCGCUACCAUGUCCAAGCGGCUGAGGAGCCCGGAGGUGUGUGCAGACUGCGGCGUGUCGGACCCUCGCUGGGCAUCUAUUAAUAGGGGUGUCUUGAUAUGUGAUGAAUGCUGCAGUGUACACAGAAGCCUUGGUCGUCACAUUUCACAAGUGAGGCAUCUCAAGCACACCUCAUGGCCUCCUACUUUGUUACAGACGGUACAAACAUUAUAUAGCAAUGGGGCUAACUCCAUAUGGGAACAUUCUUUGCUGGACCCUGCAUCCAUAAUGAGUGGAAAACGUAAAGCCAAUCCCCAGGAUAAAGUACAUCCUAACAAAGCAGAAUUUAUUAGAGCGAAGUAUCAAAUGCUGGCAUUUGUUCACCGCUUACCCUGCCGUGAUGACGAUAGUGUUACAGCCAAAGACCUCAGUAAGCAACUUCACUCAAGUGUGAGAACUGGGAACCUGGAGACUUGUCUUAGAUUACUGUCCUUGGGGGCACAAGCAAAUUUUUUUAAUCCGGAAAAAGGUAGCACGCCUCUUCAUGUUGCAGCCAAAGCAGGACAGAUCCUUCAGGCUGAGCUACUGGCAGUAUAUGGCGCAGAUCCUGGCACACCAGAUUCUGCGGGCAAAACUCCUAUUGACUAUGCAAGGCAAGGUGGACACCAUGAGUUAGCUGAUCGUCUUGUAGAAAUACAGCAUGAGCUCACUGACCGAUUAGCAUUUUAUUUAUGUGGGAGGAAACCAGAUCAUAAGAAUGGGCAGCACUUCAUUAUACCCCACAUGGCUGACAGCAGUCUCGAUGUAUCAGAACUGGCCAAAGCAGCUAAGAAGAAGCUUCAGUCUUUAAGUAAUCACUUAUUUGAAGAACUCGCUAUGGAUGUUUAUGAUGAAGUUGACAGGCGGGAAACUGAUGCAGUGUGGCUGGCCACUCAGAAUCAUAGUACCCUUGUAACAGAAACCACGGUUGUACCUUUCCUUCCAGUGAAUCCAGAGUAUUCCUCCACACGAAAUCAGGGAAGACAGAAAUUAGCCCGUUUUAAUGCUCAUGAAUUUGCUACUUUGGUGAUAGAUAUUUUAAGUGAUGCCAAGCGAAGACAACAGGGAGGAUCAGUGAUUGGCUCCAAAGAAAAUGUGGAGUUAGUAUUAAAAAGUAUUAGCAACCAACAUAGCAAUGAAAGCCAAGAUAAUGACCAGCCAGACUAUGACAGUGUUGCAUCUGAUGAAGAAACCGAUUUGGAAGCCAUUCCAAAUAAAACAAAUAGGGAAAAGAGUUUGGAAGCUGACUUAUCUGAUGGAUCUGUCACCGUGCAAGAAUUUUUGGAGCUUAAAAAUGCCUUGGUAGCUUCAGAAUCAAAAAUACAGCAACUAAUGAAGGUUAAUAAUAACCUGAGUGAUGAGCUUCGUGUAAUGCAGAAAAAGUUGCUGGGAGAGGAAGCUAAUUAAAGAAGAGAAGUCACUACUCCUGCAGUAGAAUACUCACCCAUGGAGGGUCUCCUGUUAAUAUAUGAGCAUGAUGUCAAUAAGGCAGGGGGUGGCAGAUUAUUAAACUAAAACAUCAUGGACAAUAUUCAAAUAAAGUGUGAGCAGUUAGAUACAGCACAGCUGAAAUUAACAUGCAUGCAAGCUUUUAAUGGAAGUCAUGGACAGAUGCACAAUGAACAAAAAUCAUGUUUUCACUUUAUAAAAUGAGAUCACAACAUUAUGCGAUGAAGAGGAAGUCACAUGUCUAACUAUUUAUACUUACUUAAACUCAGAAACAACAGCAAGCCAUCCCAUAACUAUCUACUGAAAGGAGCAAGACGGGUUCCCAAGCCGACAUCACAGGGUGUAUACUUGUCGUAUAUCUCAAGUGUUAAGUGGCCUAAUAAAUGCACUGUAGGGAAAAAUUCUUAAUUUGGAUAAUUCGGUACUUGAUGGGGGUUAAUUGUUAAAGUUGUGCAAGAUAAGCCACCGCAGUGUAGGUGAAUAAUUGCUCUUGAGGUAGCUCUAUUUCCCGAACAUUAUCCAACUAGACUCUGUUAUCUCAGAGAUAAGAUUUACAUUGAUGGAGUUAUAAAUACUAAAUACAACAGUAUAUUGUAUAUAAUGUGUUAACGUUUGCAGGUAUAUGUUACAGUUAGAAAUGCACCAUCUCUUGAUAGGAAUUAUUUACAUAUGUUGUGACUGCUGCUGUGGUAAACCUGUUACUUUAGAUAUGGCUGUUCUUGCCUCUGUUGCAAGCCAGAGCAAUGCUGAUGUCAGAAAAUAUAGAAUAUCUAUUUUAUCCUACUUUUAGCAUUUGUUUCUCAACCUGAUGUUACACACUCAUAGGUGGCAGUUCGGUCAAAUGUAAUGAAAUAUCUUUCCCUGUUUCCCUACUGUUGUAUACUCAACACACUCAAUAUAGUCAGUGAUCCACAGAAACUCCCAACAAUAUGUAAUUAUCCAAAAAUAGCAGCAAAGGUUAGAAGUUGCAAAUUCACACUUCUGUUUAAGGCACCACAUAAGACAUUAUUUUUUUUUCUUGGUUAAUGCAUGCAGUAAUUUGGCUGCUACUUUUCUCUUUAUACCUUGCAAUUUCAUGAGGAGCUUUGCUGAGCACGAUUUCAUAAAAAUUAGUAGCCAGACUAAUUGGUGUGUGUGAGCAGAGUGCUGCCUUCACCCACUUUCCCUGGACUUCUGCAGCUAUGCACACUGCAGUGACUGUGCUGCUUGGAUAAAGGUCGCUCAUUUGUCAAGGCACCACAUGGUGGUGGCCAAAUUGGGAUGAUCCAAUCGUUUGGCACACAGGCCAACCAUCAGGAUCAUAAUGGGAGCCUAGAAAAACCAAUGGGAAGAGAAGGAUACAGUCCUCACUGUGCAGGAUUUCCUAAUCUUCCAGAUAUUGGUAUGGCAGGCCAUCGGGGGACCCAUGCAUGGACCAGUAAGUUGUCUGCCUGGUCUAAUUUGCCUGUGCAUGGCCACCUAAUGUUUUUUAACAAUGCAGUCUUGUACCAGUGUAAAUUGUUUAUUUCAAGCAUCCAGUCUUUUUUUUUUCACUUAUAUGGUAUGUUUUAUCUGCCACCAAAAGAACUGCCCAAUCCUGCAAGAAAAUAACUGUGCCUUGGUGAGAAAAGACAAACAAUGCAAUAGUGUGUCCUAUUAGAAUUUCAGUUACUGUGAAGACGCACAGAGCUACUAGUAGCAGCUACUUGUCAUGGCUACAAAAUAGACAAUAGUAAUAAUUGACUUUGCUAAGACACUACACUUCGGAGCAAAAUACCGUGCCAUAGAUAAUACUGAGAAUUGCUUUGCCUCUGCUAAAACGCAUGUAGUCUUACCAAAGCCAAUAAUCACUAUUGUCUAUUUUGUAGCCAUGACAACUAGUACCCACGCCUUUUUUGCUGUGUUCACACUCACAGCACGGAUCAAACCUACUAUUGCAAGAAGCAUAGUUUUCCAUUUUGUGGAAACCUCGUAGUAUUUUUUUGUGUAAAAAUUAAACUUAUAUUUAAAAUAUUAAAAUGGGAUUUCAUAUCGAAUGUAAUUCAAGGUCCCAUAAUCACUGCUUUUUGUUGCACUCAUGCUGCUCACAGGCUUUUACCGUGAUGCCCAAAUGUAGCUGGGCGUGUAUACAUACAGAGCUAGUACCUGGCUCCUAAAAGUAUUACUUUUACCAUGAUAGUCCAUUUGUUUUAUUGUUCAGGCUAUCCUCCAUUCUUCAAGCUGGUAUGGGUUAGCACGUCUUAGCAGAUAUGGCCAUUUGUUCAUUUAUUUUUAAAAAUUCAUUUAUGUAAAUGCAUAUCUUUUAUUUUAGCAAUGUUUCUUAUUAAUAAACUAUUUUUUAAAAUA